AUGAAUGACAUAGAAAUCAAGAUAGAGAAUGAGAAACAGUUUAUGCUUUCUGCAAAUGACAUCAGAUCCUUUUAUAGUAUGCUUACAAACAAAGGUAGAUCCCAUGGACUAAUUAACUAUACAGAAAAAGUAUGUGCAAUGAACCAGAUAAAUAAAUCUGGUGAACCAACUUUUGGAGGCAUCAAAAAAAGCCAAGUUUGCACAAUGCGUCGGCUGAGAUGGCUUUUUUUUUUAAAAAUUUUACCAGAGAACCUUCUUGACCUACAAUAUGAUAACUUCUUUGAAAAAGCACUGGAAAUUCUGAAUAUAAGACGAAUGGAAUAUCAUGAAGAAUAUAAAAAGUACCGAAUAGAUAUAAGUAAGAUUCUCUCUAUGGAUCCAUCUAAAUUUCAUCCACUUUCACAAUCUGUUGAUAAUCCAUGGACACAGCAGCAAAAGAACGGAGAACUACUUGAUGAAAUAUGGAAAGAUAUCACACGUACAUUUGCUGAUAGGGAAUUAUUUUUAGAAAAUAAUACUAGACAACUAUUGCAAAGGGUGAUAUUUACAUGGACUAGACAAAAUACAGAUUUUGGAUAUAAACAAGGUAUGAAUGAGUUAGCUGCAAUAUUUUUUUAUAUAAACUAUUGUGAAAUACAAAUAGAUGAAAAAACUGAGGAUAGUAAUCAAGAUCAUUCAUAUUGUGAACUAAAGUUAGAUAUUAAUUAUAAUACUGGAAGUUUCAUGAACCUUCUUUCAAAUAAAUCAAUUGAAGCUGAUACGUACAUAAUGUUCAACCAAUUAAUGAAUAAUUUUGGAUUAAAAUAUAUGUUUCAGUCAGUUUAUAAUAGAGCUGGUGAAUGUAGAGGAAGUGAGAAACUGGGAUUGAAGAACGAUGAUAACAAGAAUACUGAAAAAACACCAAUUAUUUUUCGCUGUAUGCAUAUAUAUUCACUAAUGGAAAGAUAUGAUAAUGAGCUAUUUAAUAAUCUAGUUAGGGAAUAUCAAAUAGAACCACAACUUAUCUUCUUAAGAUGGUUUAGGCUUUUAUUUUCCCGUGAAUUUUCGUCACUAAAUGAUGCUUUGAUAAUGUGGGACUACUUAUUUUUGGAUGCAUUUCAAAAUGGUCAACUAAUACAAAAUAAUUUAAGUGAUAUAAAAUUAGAGUACCCUAAUAGUGAAUAUAUCUGUGUUGAGGUAGAAAAAUCAAUGCCUAUUGUCAAUUUUGUAGCACUAUCACUACUACUCAUGAAGCGUAAUGAAAUUCUUGCAUCAGAUUAUAACAAUACUUUGAGGUUGUUAGUCAACCAAACAACUCUUCAAAUAAACCCUUCAAAUAUUUUUAUAAAAGCUAGAAAGUACUAUUCUAUUGAAAAUCAGGUGUUAGAUAACACAGGCAACUCCAAAUUUAUACACAAUAGUCCUAAUUAUGACGACUUACUAGUAAAUUAUACGGAUAUCAAGUGUAAAGACUCAAGCGAAAAAUUUAAAGAGGAAAUUAGGAACAGAAAAUUUUAUUCAAGUAAUGAAAAUAAAGACAAUACUGGUAUCUUGAAGCGUGAUGACUCCUGCUAUGCAAGUAAAAGUUUAGGUAAUGGACUUUUAAGCGAUUAUCUACUAGUUCUUUGUAAAAAACUUAAAUUUAAUGCAAAAUAUUCCAAUGAUAUUGAUUUCUUAAAGAAGUUGUUACUGGAAACUUUAGAAGAUUUGACUAAUCUUCGGGCAAUUUUAUUGGAAAAAAAUAUGUGA